AUGGAUAGUGGUGCUGAAGCUUCGGAAGGAAGCUCUGUCAAGCGGUUACUUUACAGAAUUAAAAACACAUAUAGGUAUUACCUAGACUAUGUGACACCAUAUAUGAUUCAGCGUUGGAUAGGGACAUAUGUGCUUUUUGCUCUAUUUCUUGCCAGAAUCCUGCUUACAGAGGGUUGGUACAUUGUUUGCUACACAUGGGCUAUAUAUCUUCUUAAUAUGUUUCUCCAGUUCCUCACACCAAAGUUUGAUCCAUCUUUAGAGCAAGAGUAUGAAAACGAAUCUAUAGAAGAGGGAACAUCAAAGAUGGACGAAAAUGAUGAGGAAUUUAAACCGUUUAUACGUCGUUUGCCUGAGUUUCGUUUUUGGUUUAAGAGCACGGUUGCUACUUUAAUUGCCUUGUUUUGUUCCUUUUUCUCAAUCUUUGAUAUACCAGUCUUCUGGCCAAUUUUAGUUCUUUACUUCAUCAUUUUGUUUGUCCUUACUAUGAGAAGACAAAUCCAACAUAUGCUCAAGUACAAAUAUGUUCCAUUUGAUAUUGGAAAAACUACAUACAAGAACCAUAAAUAA